CAGGAAACCCGGGAACGCCAACAGGAAACCAGGAAACCCGGCAACGCCAGCAUCACGGACAAACGCCGAGUCUCAGCUCUGAUCGAUUUAUAAAACGUUUCAGUUUAAUCACAUGAAAACCAGAAUCCAACAGUAGAAAUGAGGAAAAUGUUUUAUGUUGCAUUAAAAUCCUUUGAGGCUCUUAGAUUCAUGAAGAUCUGAGGAAAUGAGAGCAGCUGAUGUGAUGACAUCACAUGUGAAGGUCCGGUUCAUGAUCCGGACCUUCACACCAGCUGUGAAACACAGCCGACAUUUAGCUGGUCAGACUUGAUCUGUCCAUUGAGGUUAAACUCCUAAAUUAGCUGAAGGUUUUAUUAUUUUUAUUUUAUUAUUACAGCAGAAAAUCUUCAGACGUUUCAACCAGAACAACUUGGAAAGUUUUUGAUUUCCUGCUUCGUUGAUCUGCCAUCUCCUUCCUGUGACGAUGUUUUUGUUCAACCGUUUCACGAUGGGCCGCAGCAGCCAGGUCGGUUCUGCUCCGGUCGUUUGGGUCAGAGAACGAAGGACUGAUCCUGGUCAUCCAGAACCAUCAGAGGUUUAUGGUUCAAAGUUUUCAUCACCCAGAGGACAAACCGUCCCAAGAGCCCGACGGCUCCGUCUGAGCGGCGAUGACAUCACAUCCAGGAGGGUUCUGGACCGGCUCGCCGAUCCGUUACCUUCUCGCCCCGAGACGAGACGAUGACGGCGCCGACCGGAGCCGAGAGCCACCAGACCAAACACCGACUGCCUGAUAGACGCGCGGCAGAUGGAGGGAAGAGUCACGGUUUCUAACCCUCACUCACUCGGCGGGCGCGUGCGGGGAAGAGCGCGGUGCGUCACCGGCGAGCGGGAGGAGGAGAGAGAGGGAGGAGAGAGAGGGAGGAGGCAGCUGUACUUAUGGCAGGAGGCGCCGAGAGCCGCAGCAGACAGAGACCGGCCCACUCCGCUAAAAUCAUUCAACUGGUGAGCGAGAGAGCGCACUCCAGUCUGACGGAGCGAGAGAGGGAGGGAGCAGAGUUUUUCCCUGGUUGGCAGGUGGACCGAGAGCUGAGCUCAACUUUCAGCUCCAAACUUCUGAGCGAAGAGACAAAGAACCCAGGAACUCUUUCCUCUGGACUCAAUUUUAUUCGACUUCUGGACUUUUUGGACUCUGUCCGUCCCUCCGGUUGGUGGCAACAUGUCUGUGUUACCGUUCCUCGGCUGGGUCCUUCUGGUUCUGGUUCUGGUCCAGGGCGGUGGAGCGGACCUGCCCUCCGGGCCGCUGUCCCUGACGCUCCAGUCGCCGCCGGACGCCACCGGCGCCCACUGCCCGUCCUGCGCCCUGGCCCGGAUGAGGCGCGGCGACGGGCCGGACGGCGACUCGCCGGCGUACGCGGAGGAGAAGGCGGCGCAGCAGGACGUGGUGGAGGCGGUGAAGAGGCACAUCCUCAACAUGCUCCACCUGCAGGCCCGGCCCAACAUCACCCGGCCCGUGCCGCGCGCCGCGCUCCUCAACGCCCUGCGCAAGCUGCACGUGGGGCGAGUGGCCGAGGACGGCAGCGUGCAGAUCGAGGGAGAGGAGGAGGCGCGAGGAAGAGGAGGCAAGGGGGGAGGAGCGGCGGUGGCCGGAGCGCGGGCGGGAGACGGCGGCGACGCGCCGGAGACGACGGAGAUCAUCACCUUCGCCGAGGCUGGUGAGUCCCAGGGCGUGGUGGACUUCGUCCUGUCCAAGGAUGGAGGCGACAUGUCCCUGGUGGAGCAGGCCAACGUCUGGCUCUUCCUCCGCUUGGCCAAAACCAACCGCAGUCGAGCCAAAGUCACCAUCCGCCUGUUCCAGCAGCGCGGACGCGCCGCCACGCCGCAGGACGAGGUCCUGCUGGCCGAGAAGACGGUGGACACGCGGCGCAGCGGCUGGCACACCUUCCCGGUGUCCGCGGCGGUGCAGGCGCUGCUGGAGAGCCGGCGGAGCAGCGCGCUGAGCCUGCGGGUUUCCUGCCCGCUGUGCGGCGACUCCGGCGCCACGCUUGUCCUGGUCUCCGGCGGCAACCAGAGGGAGCAGUCCCACCGGCCCUUCCUCAUGGCCGUGGUGCGGCAGGGCGACGGAGGCGACGCUCGGCGGCGCAGGAAGCGCGGCCUGGAGUGCGACGGGAAGGUGAGGGUCUGCUGCAAGAGGCAGUUCUACGUCAACUUCAAGGACAUCGGCUGGAGCGACUGGAUCAUCGCGCCGUCCGGUUACCACGCCAACUACUGCGAGGGCGAGUGCCCGUCCCACGUGGCGAGCAUCGCGGGCUCCACGCUGUCCUUCCACUCCACCGUCAUCAGCCACUACCGCAUGCGGGGCUACACCCCCUUCCAGAACCUGCGGUCGUGCUGCGUGCCCACCCGGCUACGUGCCAUGUCCAUGCUCUACUACAACGAGGAGCAGAAGAUCAUCAAGAAGGACAUCAAGGACAUGAUCGUGGAGGAGUGCGGCUGCUCGUAAACGCUCGGACCCGAACGGGACGGACCGAACUGGACCGGAGGGGACGGAGGAGGCGGCAGCGCCGUCGCUCUCUGGGACGGAAACUCGUCUCCAGACUCGCCGAGUCAAACUCAGCCAGAGUCUCGAUGGCACUUUCUGAAAAAACAGGAAAAAAGACAAAAAAUGAAUAUCUAAUAUAUUUUUGUUACAAACGGAGGGAGCGAGGCGUAUUUAUGUGGCGUUCAGGAACCGCUGCAGCAGUGGGACUUCAGAGAGACGAGGCCUGAAAAACUGAAAGAUCUCAAACUAUGCAACUUGUUUCCUGUCCUGCAUCUGUUUCUGUUUCUACCUGCAGGAGGAGCGGAGACACCGUUACCAUGUCCAAGUGUACGAGUGGAGAGUGUGUGAGUGUGUGUGUGUGAGUGUGUGUGUGUGAGACAGAGAGGAUGUGUGAGGGUGUGUGUGUGUGUGUGUGUGUGUGUGUUGAGAGAUACUUGAACAAAACAAGUUGGCUCGGCUGCUGGAACCAAACACUUCUUUACGUUACCAUGGUAACCAUGUUGAUGUUAUUAUUAAUAUUAUUGUUAGUAAGUAUAUUAAUAAUAUUAAUGUUAUUCUUGUUAAUAAUAUUUUGUGUUAUUAUUUCAGUUUUUCAUGUUUAAGAAGCGUUACAAACGUUGUGUUAUUUUUUGCACUAUAGCGACUUGAGUUCAGGUCAGAGGUCAACAGGUCACAUGUCACGGUUCAAGGCUUCUGAUUGGUCCCCGCUGCGUUGGGAGUUUUAACCUCAGAACCAGUGAAACGCGACGUUAAUUCAAACGAUUCCCCUGGAGAUCAAAAUAAAUCAUGUUUGGUUUUUAAUAAAACAUUUUUAGUUCUUAGAGUUUAAAUGUUUGAACUCGGAGGGAGAAACCUUCUGGUUGUGGUUCUUAUGGGUCCCUCUGGUUUAAUGACCUGCUGGGAAGAAAACAUCCGUUUGGUUUCACUUUAGAGACUCCAGCCUACAGAACGACGAACCGGGUCGGUUCUCUGCAGAGUUCUUUAACGGUAUCGGAUCAGAUCCAUAAAAACAAACCUGACAGGGUGAAAGUUCCCUACAGGACGUCUGAUUGGUUCUUUGUCUCCUCUGAAUGUUAAAAAUAUAAUAUUUAUUCAUGUUUGCAUAUUGAUGCUCACUUAAACGUUACGUUUGAUCAUCUGAAGGCACUUUAUGAGAAACUGAACUGAUUCUGGUUCCAGAACCAAAUCAGUUCAGUUCAUCAGACCCAAAGUGAAUCAUCAUCAGAUCCAUAAGGUUCAGUCUAAUCCUGAUUAUCAUAAUUUAAUGGGAAUUAUUAAAGUAUUUGUCUGAGUCAUGAAGGAGGAGGUCUGAGAUGUUUAUGAUUAUGCAGGUUAUUUAUGGCUCCAUGUUUCUCAUGAAUUUUCUGAAUGAAGAGACUUCCUGUCUGCAGCUGUGAGCAUUUAGACCCAAAGCAGAAAAUGGUUUUGGUCUGCCGUAAAUUAAACCCAGAGCAGAAAACGGAUGAAAUCUUCCUGUUCGAACACCAAAGAGUCCGUCUGACCUUCGGAUUCAUCGUUGAGAUCAAUUUAAACCUUCAGAAAUCAGAAAACUGUUCAGACGUGUGAAAAAGGUCAGAACUGAUGUUCAUCCAUGUCUUUCAUUUCAAACUCAUUUAGUUUCUGGAAGCUAUUAAGUUUUGACAGAUCAUGUUCGUAAACUCCAUUUCCCACAAUGCUCUUCACCUUCACUGGUUCCACGUUGAGCAGCAGCUCAGAGCUGAAGGUUUAAAUAAAUCCCUGGUUUCAUGGUUUCAUGUUUCAGUUCCUCCUUGUUUAUGGACUCAAAUUAAAUAUCAGUGCUAAAAAAAGCAAAAGCUAAUAGAACAUGGCUGUAUGUGUUUAGAUGCUGUUUUUAUAUAAAAAUAAGAAUAAUAUAAAUACUGACACUGAACAAAAGUGGACAAAGAAUAAAAAGUAUAUUUUUUAUUCUGUAUAUAUGGAAGCCAGACUCAGUAUGUUGCUUUGCUUUGUUGUAAAUGAAAUGUGCUUGUGGCAUUUUUUAUUCUUAUUUAUUUUACUGUAUUCUUUGUUCUUUUGUUUAGGCUUCACUAUUAAAGUCUGAAGGAUGUACACAAAGGAA